AUGGCAAUGAUCAACGCCUGGGACAUGAAUGGAUUGAGCAGCAUGUAUCCUCCCCCCUACGGCGGCAGUGGAGCCUACGACGAAGAAAUCUGGUGGAUCAACAAUGACCUCCAAAACGCAUUUCAAAACGGCUACUUCACCGGCUCGCAGCAGCAAUUGCAGAAUAUCAUGCAAUCCCUCGCCAUGUCCAUGAUGCUGACCGGCGGAAGAGGUAGACGUGGUCGACGUUUUGGAUCUCGACGACGAAAUGACGCUUUUUGGAUUCAACAAGCCAUGGCUGCUCUGGGUGGUGGUUUCGGAGGUGGUGGAUAUGGUAGCAGAAUGAUCGGUCCCAUGACAGCAGGAUAUGGCGGCAUGGAUGGAUUUGGAGCAUUGGGUGGAAUGAGCAGAUUUUGCGGUAUGGGAGCUUUGGAUGGAAUGGGAGGUGGCAAUGCGGCGGGACUCUUGAUGGGUAGUCCUUAUGGUUUUAUUAGGAACCCUUGGGGUAUGUGA